AUUAUGCUAUGACGUCUUUAGAAGUCUUUUGAUUUAGAGACAUCAGAGAUUGAUCGACAAUCCUCUCUUUACUUUAGAGAACGGCACAUCGCCUCAUUCUCGAUACAUUUGAACCGCUUAAAACAAGGUUUCAAUAGGCCUAGCACUGCAGUUUCACAAGAUGUACCGAAAAACGCUGACGUUUUCAAUAAGGAAAAUCAACCCCGUAAAAUUUUAUCACAAUAAGUCCGAUUGCCAUGUGACAGUACCUCAGGGUAAGAUGAGAGGUAAAGUGUGCAGUACUCCGUGUGGUAAACAGUACUAUAGCUUCGAGGGGAUACCCUACGCUAAGCCACCUUUGGGACCCCUCAGAUUCAGGGAUCCUCAGAAAUUUGAUAACUGGUGUGGAGUUUUUGACGCCACGAAACCAGGAAAUAAACCCGUGCAAUUCAAUUCCUAUAACAAAUCUAUAGAAGGUUCGGAAGACUGCUUAUAUUUAAAUGUGUACACUCCAAUAUUGCCCGAUGAACAACAACAAAGUCUUCCAGUACUAUUCUUCGUAUAUGGCGGUAAUUUACAGAGGGGAUGCGGUCACAUAUAUCGUCCAGAUUACUUAAUACGUCAAGACGUCAUUCUAGUCACAAUUAACUAUCGUCUCCAUAUUUUUGGAUUUCUUAACCUUGAAACACCAGAAGUGCCUGGUAAUGCCGGUUUUAAAGAUGCCGCUACAGCAUUAAGAUGGGUGAAACAAAACAUAGAAUAUUUUAAUGGUGAUUCAAAUAACAUUACAGGAAUAGGAGAAAGUGCAGGCGCAGUUAUAACUACAUUAUUAUUGAUUUCAAAGAUGACUCAAGGUAUAUUUAAAAGAAUAAUUGGUUUAUCAACUGUUUUAUCUGAUGAAAUGAUAGGCUAUAAUCACCUGGAAAGAGCAAAAGAUAUUGCUUCAAAUUUAGGAAAUAACAUCAAUAGCUCUGAGGAAAUAGAUAAUUUGCUUCGGAACUGUUCUCCUGAAGAUUUGACUAAGGCUUUAAUGAAAUCAGUUUCUCGUGCAAAUGAAAAUGGCAUACACAGCUUUAUACGGCCAGCAGUUGAAAAGGAAUACGAUAAUGUCGAACCAUUCCUGGAUGAGUAUCCCCUACAGUCGUUAAGAACUAAUAAUUAUUCUAAAGUUCCAGCUCUUAUGAGUGUGGCAACCCACGAAUCGGCAUACCUUAUAACUCCCCCAUCCGGACAAUUUAAAUUUAACAAAGAUAUAUUGAAAUUCGUACCGAGUCCUGCAUUAGAAGAUAAAGAUGCUGUGCAAUUAAUGGAUAUGGAGAAACAACUAAAAGAAUUGUACUUUAAAGAUAAAGAAAUCGGUCAUUCAACACUAGUCGAAUACUUAAAUCUAGUUUCAGAUAUGUAUGUUACCAGAGACAUAAUCUACACAGCAGACUUAUUUUCUAGAAACGACGAUUUCUAUUUCUGUAGAUUUGCAUACGAAAAUUCGCGUGUUAUGAAACGUUUAGGAGUAAAAGGCUCUACACACAGCGAUAUAUUACAAUUUCUAUUUUACACAGAGAAAAGAAGAAACACUUUUAGUAAACAAGAUAUGAAACUUGUUGAUAUGUUGACUGAGGCGUUGUGUAACUUCGCAAAAAAUGGAAAACCAACUUGGACGGGGCAGGAAAUAUCGUGGCCAUACUAUAAGAAAGAUGAAAGAAUAUGUUUAAAUAUUGAUGACAAAAUAAGCUGUGUCCCAUUACCCGAAUAUGAUAGAUAUACAAAACUAAUUAAUAUACUUAAACAGAAGCCGAAGUUACGAGAACAAUAACAAGACAAUCUUGUAUGAAUAAUAAUUUUUGCCCAAGUUAAGUUAAUAAGUACAAAAAACAUAUUUGCUCAACAUAAUUUUUAGUUAACGGUUAGUUAUGUUUACUAGAUAAAUAAGAAAUAAUAUUGAUUUGUGAAACGGAUUUAAAUCUCUGAAAAUUUUCGAUUAAAAUGUUUAAUAAAAUAAAAUAGCCUAUAUUCCAGUUUACAUAAACUUAAUGUAAUCCUUUAUUAUUAUAGUAUAUAAGGAUUACAUUAAGUUUAUGUUAUUUUAUUUAAUAGUACAGGACCUCCGACGGAGUGAAGGCAUCCUUCCAACUCUUUCAUUUGUCUCUCAUCUGCGCCACUAUUUUUCAAUUUUUAUCCGAUAUCUCUGAUUCCCAGGAAAUAAUAAUUUGUUUUCCAGCUUUAGCAUUCGAGCAUAUUCCUUCUCCUUCUGAUGUUUUUCGUAUAUUUGGAGUUGCUCGUCAGUAACUGCAGGCGUGUUCUUAAAUUGAUGGCAGAGGUCACAUUGAUUCUGAGAAGGUCUGGUUAAUUUAUUUAAUGAAAUCAAUUUAAGAACACAAGAGUUUAUACAAGAUACAAUUUAGACAGGACAUUCUAUAGGAAAAUAUAUUAUGUUUUCCAUACAUAUUAAAUAUAUAUAUAAUUCUCGUAAAUUCAACCGGCUU